CUGUCGGUCUGUGGCGCAUGCAAACAGAAACGCUGGUGGCGGUCGGGGUUAAAUGAACCUCUCCCCCGUAAUCUUAGCCGCUGGAAAUCCAAGAUGAGGUGCAUGCCACACUGUGAAAGUGCCGCAAUGAUGCAUUCAUACAGACGGUAUGUGAGGUGCCGGCUAGUAAGCGCAUUGUUGUUGGGGAUAUUUACGUCAAAGAAUGCUGCCGUGGUGAAUACUUUGAAUAGUUGGUGGUGCGAUGUGUUGCUGGGCGCCGGCGCGCAACCCGGAAGUUUGAAACACCGCUGUGGGGCACCCCCGAAACGUCAUUUGCGUGAUCGCUGCCGGGAUCAGAAUCUGCAAGUAAUCUUGAGAUUGGAGAUGAAGCUGACAAAAGUGGGUGUUAGCAGAGGUUUUCGUUCAUUUCGAAAGUCUCGAUGGCAACAAUGGUGAUGACGCUCUGAUAUUCCCGGCCAUGUGUGUGGCCAAAUAUAGGGCCCUCAUUCGAGCGUACGUAUGUGCAAUGGAGGUACCAUAGAGUGCGGCUCAAUCGCAGACUCUCUGUGAGUGGGAACGCGGUUAAUUGACGGUGGUCGCUUGACGAGUCGUUGGGUGGGUGCACCGGUGGA